ANAAUGAAUUUUUCGUCAAUGCAGAAUUACCAGGACUGAAUAAAGAUCAAAUUAACAUUGAUGUUCGUGACAACGCUCUUAUAAUUUCUGGUGAAACCAAAAAAGAACAAAAAUAUGAAAAAGGAGAAACUAUUAUUCAAGAACGUUCCUAUGGUUCUUUCACUCGUAGUAUUUCAUUACCACCAAAUGUAAAAGCAGAAGAUAUCACGGCUAAAUUUGAGAAUGGACUUCUUGAAUUGAAACUUCCAAAGAGUGCUUCUUCUGGAAAGAAAAUUACUAUUGAAUAAUUUUCGUUUACAUAUAUUUUUAAAACACUUUCCUUUAGCCUUUAAAUAAUAUUCUUUUUUAAAUUUCCUGUAUACAGUAUAUUAGUUUUAAAAAAUAUUCAUACUUUUUAAUAGUUUUAUAAAUAAAAGGCUUUGACAAAAAUCAUUAGCUCAAUAUUGUACUCUAAAAAAUAAUUUGUUAAUAACGGCACAGUGGCGUUCGAAACCCAACCAAGAUAGCUUGUUUGUACUGUAUAUAUUCUUAUAACUUCUGAAAGAUAUUUUAAUCGUACUGUAACGAAUACUCCUGUGUAAUAAAACCAUUAAAUACUAUCUAUACUAUCUAUACGUUGAUUAAG